AGCUAAUGACGCGGACACGGCUGGAACAUGCAAAUCUGCGUGUGAGUCGGAUGUGUUUCGGGUGUAAUGCAGAGACACCGGAUAAAAACGCUCUGGUCCAUCCUCAUCUGACAGCUGCUUCUUCAAGCCUUUGUUGCCAGGGAUACUUCUCCAUGGAGAUGCACUCCCACAUGUAGGGGCGGGCAUUCAGAGAGAGGAGACCCUCAGGUGUAUGGAGCAGCAAGGACUAAAGACGGGCAACGCCUAGCUCGGAGAUAAAAGUCAGCAGAGAAAAGGAUGGGGUAUGACUUGGAGAGGUUUGUGGGCUACGUGAACGAGGGGCUGCUGUGCUGUGUGUGUCGAGACGUGCUGGAGCGGCCCCUCCAGGCGCCCUGUGAACACGCCUUCUGCAGCGCCUGCAUCAGCAGCUGGCUGCUCCAUCACCACACCUGUCCAGAGGAUAGACAGCCACUGGAUGUGGGCGGUCUCAAACCUCUGUACAGGUACAUGCGUAACGAGCUGAACCGUCUGCAGAUCCGUUGUGUGAAUGCAGGACAAGGGUGUGACGCCGUGUGCUCGCUGGAGAGUCUGCAUGCCCACGAGGAUGAGUGCGACUACGCUUUUGUGUCAUGCUCUAACCCCGGUUGUCCCGCACAGGUAGAGAGGCGUGGCUUGGAGGAGCACCUGUCUGAAUGUAGCUUCUGCAGCAGAGAGUGUCCAUACGGCUGCGGCCACACCCUUCUCUCCACCGAGCAGCCGCAUCAUAACUGUGUGGCAGAGUUGCGCACUGAAGUGGAGAUGCUGCGGGUGGAGAUGCUGUGCAAGGUGGAGGAGGUGAGACGGGAGAUGGAGUCUCGGUUGGACUCGCAGAGGAGACACAUGGUGCAGAAAGAGUCGCAGCUGAAGAACGAAGUGGAGGAGGUGAAGGACCAGUUGUCCCGUGUGAUGGCGGACAUGCGUGCGCUUCUUGGAGCAGAGCGCCUAAGGAGACAGGAGUUGGCAGAGGUGGAGCUGGAGAAGCAGGAAUUGUUGGAGCUUCUCAGGGGCCUACACCCUGCCAAGAGUCAGCAGUCUGUGAACCAGGUGGGCAGAGAGCACCUUCAGGAGAGUCCUUAUCAGAGCCCUGCAUGGGAAGCCACCUACAAGUCAUUGAGGCACCAGAAGAGGGAGAUUUCCUUCAAUCUUUCCAGUCCAUCACUUCAAUCACCGUUGGAUGAUUCAACUUAUCCUGCCUCGCCUCAGCUGAGCGAUGGAGCGCGCAGGAGUGGAACCAGGAGUGUGACGCUGGACUGCAUCAAGAGGAAGAGUCGGGAGGUCACAGUCAUCUGACAAGACUGCAAUGAAGAUCAGCCAAAUAAUAAGGACACAUAUGAACGACAAAACCCAAAACCAGUGAAGUUUGCACGUUGUGUAAUUCAUAAAUAAAAACAGAAUACAAUGACUUGCAAAUACUUUUCAACUUAUAUUCAAUUGAAUUGACUGCAAAGACAAGAUAUUUAAUGUUCGAACUGAGAAACUUAAUUUUUUUUGGCUAAUAAUCGGUAACUUAGAAUUUAAUGGCAGCAACACAAAAAUUGGCACAGGGGCAUUUUUACCACUGUGUUACAUGGCCUUUCCUUUUAACAACCCUCUGUAAACGUUUGGGAACUGAGGAGACCAAUUUUUGAAGCUUUUCAGGUGGAAUUCUUUCCCAUUCUUGCUUGAUGUACAGCUUAAGUUGUUCAACAGUACUGGGUCUCCGUUGUGGUAUUUUAGGCUUCAUAUUGCGGCACACAUUUUCAAUGGGAGACAGGUCUGAACUACAGGCAGGCCAGUCUUGUACCCGCACUCUUUUACUAUUAAGCCACACUGUUGUAACACGUGGCUUGGCUUGCUGAAAUAAGCAGGGGCGUCUAUAAAAAAGACAUUGCUUGGAUGGCAACAUAUGUUGCUCCAAAACCUGUAUGGGGAACAAAGUGGUGACCCUCGCCCCAUCCUUGUUUGUGAAUGACUGAGCAUUUCAUAGACGCUGCUUUUAUACCCACUCAUGGCAUCCACCUGUUCCCAAUUAGCCUGUUCACCUGUGUGAUGUUCCAAAUAAGUGUUUGAUGAGCAUUCCUCAACUUCCUCAGUAUUUUUUGCCACUUGUGCCAGCUUUUUUGAAACAUGUUGCAGGCAUCAAAUUCCAACUGAAGUAAUAUUUAUAAAAAAUUAAGUUUUCCAGUUCGAACGUUGAAUAUCUUGUCUUGGCAGUCCAUUCAGUUGAAUAUAAGUUGAAAAGGAUGUGUAAAUCAUUGUAUUGUUUUUAUUUACGAUUUACACGUGCCAACUUCACUGGUUUUGGGUUUUGCAUAAAAGUCAUGGGUGAAGUGCUCUGGUGUGUUGGGAGUCGAUACUUGGAGCAAAACUUGUUUUUGUGUUUGAAAGAUUUUGCGUCAAUCCACUGUAAAGGAAUCAUUUGACUGGAGAUGAAUAUGAAUAAACUUAUAGGCUCAUUUUUAUUGAUUAGUGUCACAAAAUGUAAAGUAAUGCUUCUUGUAGUUAACAAGUAACUAUUCAUAAAGCAGCAGAAAUAUGUCAGUUGUAGCUUGUAAGGGUUGAGGAGAAAAAUCAUAAUUAUACAGAUAACAUUUGUAUAUAUUUACUAAUAGCAAAAAUAAUACACAUUAAAAUACAAUUAUGUUGUAUGCUCUCCAGGGUCAAUUUUCAUAUAUCUUGGAAAGAGCACCAUCAUUUUCUAUACUUUAAUUAGCAUCCAGUAGUUCAGAUUGCCUGACAAAAGGUUAAAAUUUAAUUCGAAAAACUAUAAAAUCAAAUCAAAAUGAUUGUUAAAUAUAAUUCAAGUAAUGAGUGCCCAACAAAAGUAAAUUAGGAUGGAUAAAACAAUAUUAAAUACAAUCCAAAAUGUUUUGUUUUUCCAAACAAAUGCUUCAAUUAAAAAUAAAU